AUGCAGAGAGGGUUAAGGCUGUUGGGUGCGGUGUGGUGUGCGUGGUGUGUGAUGGCAGCAAUGUUAGCAAGUGGUCAGAGUGCGAACAACGUGAGGGCUACAUACCAUUUAUAUAACCCUCAGCAGAAUGGUUGGGACUUGAUCACUGCCAGUGCCUACUGUGCUACCUGGGAUAUGCUGACAAGCCCUUGGCCUGGCGUCAAAAGUAUGGUUGGACUGCGUUCUGUGGACCCGUUGGCCCUCGCGGCAGAGAUUCUUGUGACGAACGCAGCAACUGGGGCUGAGGCUACGGUGAGGAUUGUAGAUCAGUGUGCUAAUGGAGGUUUGGACUUGGACGUGAACGUGUUCCAACAAUUGGACACCAAUGGACUGGGAAACCAACAGGCCUCUGCUCAAAGUGGCAUUGUGCAGUCUACGUAUCAUUUAUACCAACCUGAGCAGCACAACUGGGAUUUGGUCGCAGUGAGUGCUUAUUGUGCCACUUGGGAUGCAAACAAGCCCUUCUCAUGGCGCAGCAAAUAUGGUUGGACAGCCUUCUGUGGACCUGCAGGGCCUCAAGGCCAAGCUUCUUGUGGCAAGUGCUUGAGGGUGACAAACACUCGAACAGGAGAUGAACAAAUUGCUAGAAUUGUGGAUGAAUGCCAAAACGGGGGGUUGGACUUGGACGUUAGUGUGUUCCAAAGACUUAACUCGGACGGAAAUGGAAAUGCUCAAGGCCAUCUUACUGUCCACUAUGAAUUUGAGGACUGUGGUGACUAA